GUAACAUAGUCACCCAUCACACACCGUCUCAGCUGAGCUACCAAAGGCUGUAAUUAUUAUAGUCUUCCUUCUACCGUUUGUCGUUGAUGAAAGAUUAAGAGGAAAUAUUUAUUCGACUUCAAGCAAGUAUGGACAAGUUGCGCAAGGCUCUGAGUGGCCGGGAUGCCUCUGAAGAACAGGAAGCGGAGGAAAGAGGAAAUAUCAUCACUCAGACAGAAGACACGCCACUCUUGCGUGUGAUUGACACCAACAGUCUCAGCUGGAGCACCAGAAUCAAAGGCUUUGCAGUUUGCUUCGGCCUUGGAUUUUUAUUCUCAAUCUUGGGAACAGCAUUUCUUUUCUUGCCAAGAGGACUUGUCUUGUUUACAGUUUUCUAUACACUUGGAAAUGUUAUGGCAAUUUCAAGCACGUGCUUCCUGAUGGGUCCUAUAAACCAGUGUAAGAAGAUGUUUGCCAAGACUCGUAUAAUUGCUACGAUUAUCAUGAUUUUAGCCUUGAUUAUGACUCUUAUAGCAGCCCUAGUGAUUCACAAGAAAGCUCUCGCCAUUUUGAUGGUGGUCAUCCAGUUCUGUGCCAUGACGUGGUAUUCUCUGUCAUACAUACCUUACGCUCGAGAUGCUGCCAAGAAGUGCUUUGGAUCAUGCCUUGAUGUCUGAGGGAUUUGUUUUGAAGGUGCUGAAGUUUGAUAUUUAUCCUAUGAUAUUGUUAUAUCUCAUAUGUGAUUGUGGAACUCAGUCAUGGGAGUUUAUUCUUGUAAAGAGACUUUUUUCUACUACUAAUCUGUAAAAUUCUGAAUAAAAUUUUGCACUUCAACUAGGUAAAAAGAUAAUGAAUAUAUUUUUGUAAUAUAAUACAGUACAGUAUUUAAAUUCAAUUAAGUAAAAAUAAAACAUUAAUUACUGUAAAUUCUUAAAGUACCGUAAUUUGACAUGAAUUAUAUUAAUACAGUAGUAAUUGCUGGAGUUUAAAACUACAAUCAUCUAUGAAGAUUUGAAGUAUCAACACAACUGUUAACUUGUUAUUUUGAGAAACUUUUGUCAUUUUUCUUUAUUUUUCUCUCCACAUAUUUUUUUCUAACUAUUUAAUAAGUUAUCUUGGGACCAUAAUUAAUGAUAUCUAAUUUAACCAAAUAUACAUAAAUGUUUUGAGUUGAUCCUUUACACUUUUUUGUCUAUAUAUAUAAAUGUUUAGCUGCUCAUGUGGUGUGGACAGGUUGAAGGAAUGUGAGGAAUGAGAUAAAAUGAUGGGGAGGAUGAACACCCAGGAAUCAACAGUGUGCAGAAAGGAAGAGAGAGAGGAAGAUAGUAGAGUGAUGCUUGGAGAAUGUUCAUAUACUGACUUCUCUGGAAGGACGGAUAAAUCUAAUUUGGAUUAUGUAUAACAUUUUGGAAGCAUAUGAGGUGGCUAGGAAGCUAAGCAUAACCUUUGAUGGAGUUGUGGCGUACAGUACAUAUCUUCCUCCAUGAUGAAUUGAAGAAUCUAAAAUUAACAGAAUUAGAGGUAAGGUGGGAGGUAGAGAAUGUGGGAAAUGGAAGAAUAGUGUCUGAGAAAGAGAGUUGGGUGAAGUUAUAGGUAAUCCUCCAAAGGGAUUACCCAGCUAGAUGAAGUACAGUAUGUAAUAAACACCUGAGUUAUGGUCAGGUAUAUAUUUGUUAUCAUCCAUUAUUAGUUAUUUACUUCGGUAUGUAAAAAUACAUAAUAGAUAUUAUAAAAAAAUUAAUGUGUUGGCUAGUCAGGGAGAAUUUUUGUCCACCAUUGGUAUCUCGUUUAUUUGCUGUUCUGUUACCCAUUUAAAUAUUUUCAUCCAUUUUUUAUAUUGUUGCAUUGAUAGUCUAAUUUUAACUUUUCAUAUGUUAACUAGAUUGUGAGCUUGUGUAAUGGAAGGCAGUAAUUGGCUACUGUGCUCCUCUUUGGGAGUCAAACCCACAUUAAAAGGAAAAAGAUUU